AUGAGAAAGGUUGAAGGGAGGCUGUGUGAGGAAUUUUCACCUGCAUAUUAUGGGCUCUGCACUGUUGGAGGAAUGCUCAGUGCUGGCACUACCCAUCUUGCAAUCACGCCUCUUGAUGUCUUGAAAGUUAAUAUGCAGGGUUUGGAGGGUUUUGUUACUUUGUCUGACAUUGCUUACUAUUUGUUUGUGGAAGUGGAAGAAUUUUUAGCAAUGAAAGGAUCUUCAGCUGAUCGAGUAUUGUUCAUGGUGUGUCAAAACCCUGUCCCCGCCUUUAUAGAUAAAGUGGUCAUGUAUCUAAAGAAUAGAAGUUGCCAGAAAGGGAAUGAGGGUGCGGGGAAUAGAAGUUGUCAUGUCCUCGACUGCCAAAAAGAAUAA